AGAUCAAAAAUUUUUACAAAUUGUUUCAGAAUUUGUUAAUGAAAAUAUGGGUACAAAAUUUUCAUUCAAUCUUAUGAAAAUGCUACGAAAAUAAUCUCCAACCUAAGAUAGUAAUAAAUCAAUAAAUAAAGUAAAUUAUAUGAACAUUUUUUAGGCCGAAAGAACAUUGUUUAAUUCUGAAUUAGUAGCAGCACUUUACAAAGAGUUAGGAAUCUUUGAUUAAUAAAAAUCUGCAGCACAAUAUUGGCCAGGAUGUUUAUCAUCAGAGAAUAAAAAACUUUUAAUCUUAAAGGGUAAAUUGCAGCAAGAAUAAUUAAUUGAUUUUAGUUAUAUAUGA